AACAUAAUACAUAUUAUUUUGCUGAUUUGAUGUAAAUUAAUUUAAAAACAUUUUUUCUCCAGAGAGACAUAAUGUUUUUUAAUGGGAGCAUGUAAAUAACAUAAAUAAAUUCUUUCUUUUAAUUAUUUUUAGACAAAUGUGUUAAUGAUUUUCAACCUGUCCACGUCUGCGCAUUCCCCGGAAAGAUACUCCCUCAGGUAAUGAAGGAGUGUGUCGAGGUGAAGGCGUCUUCUAUCACCUGAACAAAGGUAACUGCGCGUCAGAGGGCUGUUCAGCGGAUUUAUCAUGGAACUGACGCAGAAAGCAGUCCUCUCUUUUCUCUUAGAGGAAGGGGGUAAAGUGAUCAAAUCCAGCCUGGUGGCCAAGUUCAAGGAUUCUCUGACCUGCGUGGAUCCCGCGGGGACAGAGCGGAACAGACAGCUUUUCAGGACUUUUGUGAACAACGUUGCCUUCGUCAAAGAAAUCGACGGUGCCCGGUUUGUUGUCUUGAAGGAAACGUACCAACAUUUGCUCAGGGGGGUUAAAAAUGAGGAAAGCCUUGAGGAGAACGCAGAGACCAAAGGAAUUCCCCAGACAGGAGAGCAGGAGUGCACGGUUGCGCACGACGAGAAGCGUGAGGAAGACUCCGUGGGUGCUGGGGAGACGCGUCAGGCAGAGCCACCCGCUUCCAAGGCCGAUGAAGGAGGAGAAGAGAGUGAAAGACAUGAAAACCCCUCACCGUUACGCUCUCCAAUAGAGCUGGCACUGCAGAGAAGCAAGUCUAAAGAUAUUAAAAUGAUCAAGAGGAUGCUGAAUUUUGACGCACCCAAGGACACGGAGAGGAAGAUCAGGGCAGAACCGGGCCCAAAUGAGCUGGCCACCAUGAAGGGCAAACGUUACGGCUUACCUCUGAGAACACCACCCACCAGGGUGGAGGUCCAUCAAUUGAAGGUGGAACCAAAUGAAGAAGAUGUCGGGACAAAGAGGAUGCUGUCUUCGGAUGGGACCGGCUCCCCACAGCUGAGGAAGGCAUCGAGGAGCACCAAGGCAUCCGAGGAGCACAGAGACACAAAGAUUUCCAUGGUUCCUCUGGAGAACACGGAGCACAAAUGGAUGGUGAAGUGCGCUGCCGGGCACUGGAGCCAGGCCUAUGGCCUGCUGCUCAAUGACUGCCAGCUGGCUGAGAAGAGGGACUUCAUGUCGGGGUUCACUGCUCUGCACUGGGCUGCCAAGUUUGGGAACACAGAGAUGCUUGUAAAAAUCAUUGAUGUGUCCAAGAAAGGAGGCGUUGACAUCGAUGUCAACGCAAAAACCCACGGGGGCUACACUCCUUUGCACAUAGCUGCUCUGCAUGAUCAGGAGCACAUCAUGGUCAUGCUGGUUGGGGAGCUUGGGGCCGAUGUGAACAUAAGGGACAACAGCGGGAGGAAGGCCCUCCACUAUCUGCACAAAGGCAUCUGUAGAAGUGUGAGGGAGAUGCUGGGAGAGCCCAGAUUUAAGCCACCUCAGGGUCGAGUCUGUCCAGAGAAAGAGGAUCCAGACCUGUUUCCGGAUCUCUCCAAGAGUCUGCACUCAAUAGGUCGCCUCUUCCAACCCACUGCAGUGGCUCAGAAGAGGAAGCACAAGCAGAGGUCUGGAUUCUACUCCCUGAGUGACAACACUAUCGAGGAGAAAGAUGAAAACAGCUUCAGACAAAGAUCUGACACUUUUGUGUGAUCUCAUAAUUCCUUAUCCUGUUUGCAAAAGCAGAAUCAAAUGAUGAUCAAGCAGCACAACUCUUCUUUGGUAGCCACAUCUCAUUGGCAUAAAAGAAAUAUUUAUUCUUGAAGUGACUUGGUUGAUGAUUUCUGUCUGUUUAUAGGUUGUUUUAGGGGAAUGUUUGAAAUGAAGAUGGAGAGUUAUGGGGCAACAACAGUAGAAUGCAGGAGAACAUUUCUGAUGAAUAUCUCUGAAGAUCAAGAUUCAACUUGUUUCUUUCACAGGUAGCAGACGAGCAAAGACACAAACCUGCACAGAAUGACGUCAUUUGUGGAUCCAGCUGUUCCCAAAAGAAAUCGUUUUGAAAAUUAAAAGAUUUGCUAAACGUCUGUGCUUUGAAGAAAAAUCUUUCCUUGUUAACAUUAUAAUUAUUACAUGCAGUUAAUGAGUUAGCAAUGAAUAAUGAACAGCUGAACUAACAGGACACAAUAUCCGGAUUUAAGUUAAAUAAAUCAAAGACGCCAAUGAAA